AUGGGAGAUCGUAAACGCUCUUCUCCAACAAUCCUAACCAUAAACGAAGCUUCUCCAAACGGAACCUCCAUUUCCAAGAAAAGAAAAAUCACUGCAUCUUCUUCGCACUUGCAUCACCAAAGUAUCUCGUCGGUAAAUUCCGUGAAUUCCGCUGCCACAGUGUCUUCCGACGAAUUUCACUCGGAUCACACUCCGCUGCCUCGUUUCAGCUCCGGCAAGGUUAUCGAAACCUGCAACGUCGUUAAGGAACGCGACACGUCGUCGUUAGAUCCGGAGCUGAUGAAAACAAAGAAUUUCGAAACGGUAGACUUAAACGCAACGAAACGCAAUUUGAAGUCGUCCAGGGAGGACGAGAUUGAUGAAUUCUUUGCAAAGUUCGAGAGGGAGGAACAAAAACUGUUCUCUGAAAAGUACAACUUUGAUAUUGUUAGGGAUAUGCCGUUGGAGGGUCGUUACGAGUGGGUUAAUUUACAUUGA